UAUAUUUUCUCCCGUGCUUUCUCACAGUUCCAUAAUAGCAAGAAUGAUGUUAGGAGUCUUAAAAAAUCAUAUGAUGUUAGGAGUCUUAGAGAAUCAUUCUUGUUAGCAAGAGUGUCGUUUCUGUAAUAGCAAGGGAAGAAAGCAACUUGGAGGACAACCAUCUCUAGUUUUGGCUUAUUUGAGUGAGGAAUAGGAGAUUGUUCCAUAAUAGUAGGAGAGAUGUUAGGAGUCUUAGAACAUCAUUCUUGCUGUCAUGAAAUUUAACUUAAUUUGUCCCAUGAAAUUUAAGCACUUUUUUAUUUUUUUGGAGUGUUUGGCAACAAAAAAAGCUGCUUAAAAAAAGCUAAAAAGUGCUAAAAAAAGCCAAAAGCACCAAGUUGGCUUUUUUUGAUUUUGGCUUAAAAGCCAUUUUAGUUUGACCAAUAAAAUUACUCUCUUGCCCUUAUAAGUUUUUAUAAUACCAAAAUUACCCUCUUCUUUCCUCUUCAUCUUCAUUUUUCUGUACUUUUCUUCAAGCAAUUCAGUAGAAAUCAACAAAACCAUGCCCAGUUUCAUCUCCAUUCUCCUCUCAAAGGAGAAAUCUUGCAAACGACCAAACCAUGUUUCCAGGAUUGUUCAUGCGUAAACCUGACAAAGCAGCUGCUCUCAAGCAGCUGAAGACUUACGUCGCCCUUUUCGGAGCUUGGGUCGCCGUAAUUCGGGUCACCCCAUACAUCUCUCACUGUUUUUCGGGUCAGAAAGAAGAACUCCUCCUCGAGCUCUAAAUCCCUAUUCUUUUUUGCACUUCUUUUCUACUUAGUUCCUCGAGAGGAAGGAAUGUUUGGAAGAAAAGGAGCCAGUGUUCUCUACGCAUCUGUUGACCCCUUCUCAGCCAUUUCUGUCUCUAACAACUUUAAGGAUAUUUUUUGUCUUUUUAAUAAGAAAAAGUGCUUACCACCACUUGUUUGCCAAACACUUCAACAGCUUUUUUUAAGUUUCAGCACUUUUAUCCAAACAUGCACUUAAAAGUUGUUUUUAAGCACUUGUGCUUAAAAGCCACUUUUUUUAAGCCAAUCCAAACGGGCUCUAAGCUUUAUUCACAUUCCCUAAGGGAAUUUUACAUCACCGGAAUUGAGGCUAAAGUAACAUUUUAUUUUGUGUGUGCUGUCUUGGAGUUGGCUUGCAUAUCAGAUUAUAGUAUUUUAUCAGUUUGGUGGCAUUGUAAUAUCUCCAUAUUAGUAGGGGGCAAUUGCAGUAUCCACGAAUAGGAAUUGGGUUGUCAUUGAGGGUAUUGGGAGAAGGAUUGAAUGAUUUUAUUCUGUGGGUUGUUCAGGAUACUGGGCCCUGACUGCAGUUCUGGUUAAUGUUUUUUUAUUUACUUUAUCAUAAAUAAGUACUUUAAAUUUUUAAAUAAAUAGCAGUAAUUCAACUUUAGAAGUGGAUGAUUUUUGGUUGCUGCAG